GUUUCCGUGGCCACGAUUAGCUCCAUUUUACAGGUGACAAAACUGAGUCUUCCAGAGCUUGGCGGAAAUCACUGGGCUAGCUCCAGGCUGAGUCAGGAAUGGGAGCUGGGUCCCUCUCGUGCUGCUACACACACACUUUUGCCCUUCCACGCGGCCCCACUCUGGGCCGUCUUUCUCCUCAGCCCUGACUGGCCCUCGUGGUUCGAGGGGGUCAGGCACCUCGUGUGAUCAUUAGUUCCCACUCGGGAUCGGCAUGAAGAUUUUCACUGGCGUGUGUCACCGAAUGAUGCCAUUUGAAGCACAGCUUCUGCUGAUAAGCGUGGGACCAUCUGCUUGGCACAUCUCAAAUAUUUUCAGCAGUGGGAGAGCAGCUCCGAUUUCUCCCGAGAAGGGAGGCUGCAGUCAUCCUCGGAGGAGAUGCUGGGACCGGAGACCCUGCAGGCUGGCGGGGCAGUGGUGCCCUAGGAUGCGUAGGGCCAGCCUCCCGCCCACCACCCCUGCCUCUCCCUGAGCGAAUGGACCUCGUGAGCCUGCACCCCGGUUUUGCCUUGUUCAGCGGCCCUUGACAACCAGAAAAAGGACCCGAAGAACCCAGGCUGAAGCCUCCUCAUGGACGAGGCAAACGGGACGUCAUUUGUCACUGAGGGGUCCUCGAACGCCUCCACCAGCAGGAACGCCUCUGCUGGGGACCCGCGUCGGGAAAUUCCCAUGGUGCACUGGGUGAUCCUGAGCAUCUCCCCACUGGGCUUUGUGGAGAAUGGGAUUCUGCUCUGGUUCCUCUGCUUCCGGAUGCGAAGAAACCCCUUCACCGUCUACAUCACCCACCUGUCCAUCGCCGACAUCUCGCUGCUCUUCUGCAUCUUUAUUCUGUCUGUGGACUACGCUCUAGAUUACGAGCUCUCGUCUGGCUAUUACUACACAAUUGUCACGCUGUCGGUGACGUUUCUCUUUGGCUACAACACGGGCCUCUAUCUGCUGACGGCCAUCAGCGUGGAGCGGUGCCUGUCCGUCCUGUACCCAAUCUGGUACCGCUGCCAUCGGCCCAAGCAUCAGUCGGCACUGGUCUGCGCCCUCCUGUGGGCGCUUUCCUGCUUGGUGACCACCAUGGAAUAUGUGAUGUGCAUCGACAGGGAGGGGCAGGCCCACUCCCGCAGUGACUGCCGGGCGGUCAUCAUCUUCAUAGGCGUCCUGAGCUUCGCGGUCUUCACGCCGCUCAUGGUGGUGUCCAGCAGCAUCUUGGUGGUGAAGAUCCGGAAGACGGCGUGGGCGUCGCCCUCCUCGAAGCUCUACCUGGUCAUCACGGUCAGCAUCAUCGUGUUCUUCAUCUUCGCCGUGCCCAUGAGGCUCCUCUACCUGCUCUACUACGAGUACUGGUCGACGUUCCGGAACUUGCACCACGUGUCUCUUCUCUUCUCCACCAUCAACAGCAGCGCCAACCCUUUCAUCUACUUCUUCGUGGGCAGCAGCAGGAAGAAGCGGUUCAAGGAGUCCUUAAAAGUCGUUCUGACCCGGGCUUUCAAGGAUGAGAUGCAACCCAGGCGCCCUGGAGACGCCACCGCCACCCCCGCAACCGAGACCGUCGUCUGAUGGGUGGAGGGAAAGCAUGGACAACCAUGGGGGACACGGACGCCUGCAGGUGACGCCUGGGCUGCAACUGAUUAUCUCCCAGAUACGCUAAGGCGGACCCCUACCCCCUGUGCAUGAGAUGAGAACUAACGCUGAGAUUGUGCCCGUGUGCUGAACCUUCUGGAAAUGCCUACACACAUGUCGGACCUCUAUCCUUUCUGUAUUUUCCCCCAACGCCUUCUGUCGGAGUUCCCACUGUGGCACGGUGGGUUAUAGAUCCAGCUGCAGUGGCUUGGGUGGCCGAGGAGGUACAGGU